AUGAUUUCAGUUUAAAGAAUUAGAGCAUAAAAAAAGCUUGUUGGGGCAAUUUAUAGGCAUUUUAGCUAUGUGAGUGAGAAGGAUUUGUUAGACCGCGUUCCAUACAAUUUCGGAGGAGUAAAGGCACAAAUAAAUCCAAAUAGUACAUACAAAGUUUAUCAGUUAUUGCAUUCUAUUUUUAAUGAUAAAUUGGAUCAUGGAUUCAAAUUCGCUUACGAGUCUAUGUUAGACGCUUUUGAAAACCACGAUUUAGAAUUCUUUUAGGAAACAGUUGAGCCCAAUUUAUACUUAAAAAUACAGAGAGGUUUUGAGUUCCUAGAAUCAAAAGGACUAAAAAUUUGCCAAUAAAAUAAAAAUAGCUAAUUUGAUAUCGCUUACAAUAGUUUAGAAAUACAUAAUGGAGUCUAUUUCGAUAGAUAAAAGAAUCCUUCAGGAUUGAGAAAAUAAUCAUUGCAAAUGUUUGAUUAUGCAAUAUUUAACUUAUACACAUCAAAUGAUAUGGGAGCAUCAUUCCCAUUCUAGGGAUUAGUUAGUCGUCCUAUUUUGCAAAUUGGUCUUUAUCUAAGUUCUUCUCGUAAACUCUACCUCGAAGAUUCUAAUGGAAAAAUAGUUGCAGGUGAAAACUCUAACAUGAAUCAAACUCAUAAAAUAUUAUUUGAAACCGAUCCAGGUGAAGCAUCUUCAUUAGGCAACAAUUAAAUUUUCAACAUGUUGAGAGGUUUCUAGACAAAUACCAAUAAAGAAAAGCUAUUCAAGGAAAUUUUCAUUGGAAAUGACUCUUAAUGGAAAAUUACAGAUAUUGAUAAUUUCAUGAAAGGAAAUCCUUUUACAAGAUGA